AUGGCAAUUAUUUUCAUAGAGCCGAUAAUUGGUCGACCCCUAGAAGAGAUCAUUUUCAAACUGGGGAAACUGGCUUUUCAAGAACUGGAGAAAGGCAAUCUGAUCUUCUAUGAGGAAGACCUGAGAGAGUGUGGCAUUAAUUUCAAAGUAGCCUCAGUGUACUCAGGAGUGUGUACUCAGAUCUUUAGAGAGGAGUCUGGGCUGUACCAGGGAAAGGUGUUCAGCUUUGUUCAUCUGACUGUUCAGGAGUACCUUGCAGCUCUUUAUGCUCACCUAUCUUUCCUGAUGGACAACAUGAGUGUCUUUGAAUCAGAACAAGCCAGACCUAGUUCCAGAGGCCUACAUAUCUCCAGAUUGCACAAGCAGGCAGUGGACAGGGCUAUGAACAGUCACAACGGACACCUGGAUCUGUUCCUCCGCUUCCUCAUGGGUUUUUCACAGGAGUCCAAUCAGAAACUGUUAAAAAGCCUUCUGCCAUUUAAGUGGAGAAGCAUCAAAACCGAUGACACAGUCAAAUACAUCAGGCAGAAGAUCAAGUUGAAUCCUUCACCUGAGAAAAGCAUCAAUCUAUUCCACUGUCUGAAUGAGCUAGGGUAUCAGCAUUUGAUUGAAGAAGUCCAAACUUACCUAUGCUUAAAAAUCCUCCCCAAAGUCAAGCUCUCUUCUGACCAGUGGGCUGCCCUAGUCUUCAUACUCCUGACCUCAGAGAAUGACCUGGACAUCUUUGACCUGAGUCAGUACAUGGGAUCCAAUGAAGCUCUACAAAUGCUGCUCCCCAUUGUUAAAGUUGUUAAACAGCUUUUGAUUAGGAAGUGUAACCUGACAAACAAAAGCUGUGAGAUGCUUGCUGAUGUUCUCCGAUCAAAGUCGUCCACUCUGCAAGAGCUGGACCUGAGUGGGAGUCACCUGCAGCUCCGAAAGGUGAAACAGCUCUGUUUGGCUCUGAGGUCUGAAGACUGUAACUUGGAGAAUUUAAGGUUGAAUGGCUGCAAACUAAAUGAGGAGAGUUGUGAUGCAGUGGUUUCAGCUUUCAACUCUAAUUCAGCAAGUAUAAGAGAACUUGAUAUGAGUGGAAACCAACUGAAUGACUCUGUCGUUAAGAAGCUCUCAGAAACUCUAAAGACUCAAAAGUGCAAACUCAGGGUGCUGAGGCUGAGAUGGUGUGGCGUAAAACAAGAAGGGUUCAGGGAUUUGACAACUGCCCUGCAAGCAAACCCAUCACACCUGAAAGAGCUUGACCUCAGCAUGAACACAUCAGGAGAUGCGGGAGUUCAUGCACUGUGUGAGGUUCUGAACCAACCACAGUGCAGACUUGAAGUACUCAAGUUGAAUAAGUGUGAGCUCACCCAUGACUGCUGCUAGUCUCUGGAAUCCAUCAUGAGCUCCCAGUCUUCUAGUCUCUUAGAGCUGCAUCUGAGGGACAACAAGAUUCAGGAUGCUGGAGUGGAGAGAAUAGCAGCCGGGCUAGAGAAAGCUCACUGCAAGCUACAGGUUCUCAAGUUGUGUAACUGUAGCGUCUCAGUAAAAGGCUGUGGAUUUCUAGCUGCGGCACUGAGACGAAACCCUUCUCACCUGCAGGAGUUGUAUUUGAACUGGAAUCACCCGAUAAACUUGGGGACAAACCCGUUGACCGAGCUCCUGGACAUUCCUGAUCUUAAACUGGAGAAACUCGACAUCAACUCUCCUUAUUUAGUUGAGUGAGGAUGUUGACUUCUACCUGAGUGAAACCAAAACCUGGCUGAUGUCAAAUAUCCCACAACCGGAAUCCCAUUUCCAUGUAGUCAGUUGGUAGAUGCUUUUGGGCAAUAUGAUGAUGUCACAUGGCAUCUGGAUAACUUAUGUCACUUGGUAGGGAAAGCACUGAUGUACAGGUGAAGUUGCAGUGGUGUCACUACCUGUGGCUAAUUGAUUAAAAGAAACACCUUUCCUCACCUUCGGAGUUCACAAUUAGUUCAGACUUUCUGAAGGAACAGCUAGUGAAUUGUUUGUGUCAUCACAUUGUCUGUUUAAAGUCUUCAUUUGUGUUGAGGGAUGCAGUUUUGGUGUCGACAGGUAGCGAUUACCUGUUGGGUAGUCUGUUUUGGUGAUUCGUGUUUUGAUGUGAGUGAUGACUUUUAGUCUUCCUGGAUUAGGAUGCUUUGUUUUUUGUUAUACUGUUCAGAUUGUGUGCUUUUUAUAACAAGCAACUCUACGGGUCCGUCCCAUUUCUCCCCCCUUAAAACUUCUACUUGGUUUUGAUUGCCCUCAACGUUAAAGCCCCCUCGACAAGGGAAGU